UGAGUCUCCGCAGCGCCCGUAGAUCGAACUUUGACCGCUCCUGGGCGGCCGGCGCCUGCGGGUAGCACGCAUGCGUCUUCUGUUUGAAUGGGUGGCGCCCUUAUCCUCGCCGCGGCGGGGGCAGCCCUGGCCGUGCUGCUGGCAGUGCGGCUGUGGGUAGUCCUGCGUCCCCGCGCCGCUGUGCCUCGGCGGUCUCUCAGCCUCUUGGUGGUCGCUGGGUCUGGUGGGCACACCACUGAGAUCCUGAGGCUGCUCGAGACCUUAUCUGAUGCUUACUCUCCGAGACAUUAUGUCAUUGCCGACACUGAUGAAAUGAGUGCCCAUAAAAUAAAUUCUUUUGAACUCAAUCGAGCUGAUCGGAACCCCAGUACUACGUUUCCCGAGUACCACAUCCACCGCAUCCCCAGGAGCCGGGAGGUUCAGCAGUCCUGGCCGUCCUCGGCGCUCAGCACCCUCUACUCCCUGUGGUUCUCCUUCCCCCUGACUCACCGAGUGAAGCCAGAUUUGGUGUUGUGUAACGGGCCAGGAACAUGUGUUCCUAUCUGUAUAUCUGCCCUUCUCCUCGGGAUACUAGGAAUAAAGAAAGUGAUCAUUGUCUACGUGGAAAGCAUCUGCCGAGUGGAGCAUUUAUCCCUCUCCGGAAAGAUUCUGUUCCACCUCUCCGAUUACUUCAUUGUCCAGUGGCCGGCCCUUAAGAAGAAAUAUCCCAAAUCUGUGUACCUCGGGCGAAUUGUUUGACGAAUGACAAGGUACUUCUUUAGAGUUUUGUCAUCGACAGCAUUGUUGAGAAACAGGGAACCCAAAAACUACGUGUUUAUCGUCAAAGGUUUUGAAAAUCCUGAGAAGAGUGGCCAAGAGUUAAAAACUCGGGUGAAUAAUCCCGUGAGGGAACUGAGCUGGUUCUUGUAAAACAAACAUGAAUAAACCGCUUGAGUAUGCCCCUGGGCUCUGAAUCACUACCUGCAAGUUAUCUUCUGACUUGUUUUAAUCAUAUUUUUUUCUAAUAUUCUAAAUAUAGAGUUUUUAGAUUAGCCGCAUUUCCUGUUCUACAGCUUUUUUUUUUUUUUUCUUUACGUUAUUCUGCAUUGUAGAAAGAAAAAGAAAGCUAUUUCUUAGUUUUUGUUCAGACACAGGAGGCUUUAUUUCCUGUAUGGAGGCAGAGAAAUCCCUCGUGAACCCUUUCAGGCUAAAGGAAGCAGUUACAUUAAAUUGGCUUCAUGACAAUUUGCACUCCACGGGCUUCCAGAACUGAACACAUAAACCAGUAUCUUUUUUUGUUCUUUAGUGUUGCUUUCUGAGUCGUUCGCCUCAAUCCAGAAUAUCUUUUAAAAUCUUUUGUUCGUUAAAUUAUAAGAUGGCCACUGUCAUAGACAUAAAAACAUGACUUCUGUUUAUUAGGGCCAAACUCUCAAAACCUUUUUUUUUUAAAUGUUAUAGUAAAUUCACAGCAUGGUAGCUUUAGUUGUCUGCAGCAUUGCAAGAUAGGUAGGCUCAGAGAGUAAUGUAAUAUAUAUGUAACAUUACCUAAGUGCUUAUUGUUUGCUGGCUAUUCUAAGUACUUUCAAAUAUUAAUUCAUGUAGCUAUGAUAACUCAGUGAGGGGGGGACUGUUAUGACCCCCACUUUCUAAGAUCACAUGACUAGUAAGUGCCCAAGCCAGGGGUUGAGCCCCAGCUGCCCGGCCUGACAGCAGAGCUGGUUUCAUGGGCUUGUGACCUAAUGCGGCCACACAGGGACCCAUAGUUAGGAGGGGCCCGUGCUUGGUUUGAUAGACUACUCUCUCUCUCUUGAAUUUCUUACCAUAUUUUGAACAAGGGGCUCACAUGUGUUUUGCACUGGAUCUUUCAGAUGAUUUAGCCCGUCGGGCUUGAGAACCUGAGCUCCUAAAGAGCCAUGUCCACUGCAACAGGCGUCUAACCCCUAAUGCAGGGCCGGCCCACCGGCAGCUCUGCACUAAACAGGAAUUCCAUUCCCUCCGUGCUGCUUUAACCAGGCAGCAAACAAUGAGAAGGCGGCUCGUGGUAUUUAAGUUGCUUGUUUUUUCUUUUUAAGUCUUUCUUAUGAGUAUGAUAUAAAUCUGAUAAAGAAAGGGUUAGAAAUGAACAAAGAAAGUGACUUUGGGUGAAAAGAGGCGUGGCCACCCAAGAUGACGUCAAAUCAGAAUGCUGAGGCUGCCUCAGCCUUUCUCAAUCUCCUCCUCUGAAUAAAGUAGGCACAUCUGUCAUCAGGACGUUUUUUCCCAGGUUUUUGGCAGGAGGAACACGUGGCAGCAGACGCUCGAGAAAGAGUGAGAGCACUUGGCUGUGGGUAGCCAGGCCCUGGUUCAUCGCCCUGGGACUUUGAUUUCAAAUCUGUCACCUGACGUAAAGGUCUGAGACGAAGGAAGGGGCAGAGAUGAAGGAAGCCUCUACUUGUCUAGGGACAGUGAUUUUUUUUAGGGGCAGCAGCCCAUCUUUAAGUUUGUCUCUGUCUCUGUUCCCACAUGGCACUCUGCGCGUCCUUGGUGAGUGAGAUGGGACUAGUUAAUGCCUGUCUGUGCUUCAGGGCAGCUGCCCCCGGGGCCCCCACAGCUCAGCCUGCUGCGUGGGCUCCUCUCGGGCCAGAGCUUAGGAUGCUUAGGCCACGCAGAACUGGAGAAAAGAGGCCAUGAUUUUUUCCAGAAACACAUGCCCCAGACAUUUUGCAGAGCCUUGACUUAGACAGUGGUUAGCCUGGAAUGUCAGAGAAAGAAUCUGUGUGUGUUCUAUCGCUGAAAGUUCAGAAAUAUCUUCCUGGGUUGGACUGCUGUGCACACACUCAGAGCCAGAUGGAGGCACAUGUUAUCAUGGCUUCUUGCUUGGUUCCAGAUUAUUUGGUAAAUAAACACACGCUCCGCUGUGUCUUCUUGUUAUGGCUACUUCAAGUCCAAGAGGUCACCCUGGCAAAAGGGGCUGGUUUGAGACGAUAGAAGGGCCAGCUGCCCCGCUGUGCAUUUCUGUGGCACGAAGAACUGUGGUGCUCAGCAAAUGAACCUGUCUACAGAACAGAAGCAGCUCACAGACAUGGAGAACAGACUUGUGGUUGCCCAGGGGGAGCGGGGAAGGGAGAGGGAGGGAUGGGGCGUUGGGGUUGGUAGAUGCAAACUAUGACAUUUCGACUGGCUAAGCCAUGAGGUCCUCUGUAUAGCACAGGGAACUAUAUCCAACCUCUUGUGAUAGAACACGAUGGAAGAUAACAUGAGAAAAGAAUGUGUAUCUCUGCGUGACCGGGUCACUUUGCUGUACAGCAGAAAUGGACAGAACAUUGCAAAUCAACCAUACUUUUAAAAAAAAUAAAAAUGGAAAGAAAGUGUUCUGAUUUCAGCUCCUGCUGAAGAAGGUCAGGAGCUAGCUUGUCCUUUCUAAUGUCGCUUGAAGCACCCUGGAGUGCACCUUUUACUGCAAGAGACUUGGUGAAAAAUGAGUCAGUCGCACCAGUCUUAAAACGAGAGGCAGGGAGAUCACGCACCCCGCCCACACCGACUUCCCCGGGAGAUUUUUAUCGGCAGUCCGGCUGUCCUAAGGGUUUGAGCCGCUUGCCAGGUCAGAGCCUCACUGUUUCAGAGAGGACAUCCCUAAGUCAUCACAGGAAGCCCUCGCCUGGAAUGAAGAGCGCUAUGAAACCACAACAACAAGAGGAAUGUCAGGCAGUCUUAGACGGAAGAGCGAGAAGUCCUGGCUUGAAGGGCGGUGGCCUGAGCUUCCCCUUAUAAAAGCAGCUUGAAACACUCUGUUCACUUGGCUUUACCAUGUCAGGUUAACGUGGGGAAAUGCAGCCCCUCGUGCUGAGUCGGUGCUUCGUAUGGUCUGCAAAGCCCCGUCUUGCCCAAAGGAGUUUGAUAGCGAGAGGAAGCAUCUUUUGUCCGCAGUCCUGUCCUCGAGAGUGUUACAGGUCACCCUCCGUCCGGCUCAGUGUUUGGGGCCUUGCGGAGUGUCUGCACCCAGACCUCCUCGUCCGCCCUGAGCUUUUGCCUCUCUAAGGCCCAGCACCCCAGCAUUCUAAGUCCAGGUGUCUCCAGCUGUGCUCUGACUGCCACUCAAGGUGAAACUUGGAGUUGUCACAGCUCUUUCUCUUCCCUCCAGAGUCCUUACGUGAUGCUAGGCUCUGUCCUGUCUCUCAAACAACACACUGUGGAAUAAUUUUUGUUUUUGACUUUUUCCUUACUCCCCAUGUAAUUGCCUUUUAAAAAAAAAAAAAAAUCCCCAGCAUUUUCCCCUUGUCUCUUCAUCCUCUGCUAUUCUCGUCAUCUGAUUUCACCCCUUGGUUCUGCCUUUGAACUAGUUCAUAUCCAGCCGUUUUAGUCCCACAGUCACCACUAAGCUAACUCUUCAACAGAAAUUCCUAGUUUUCUUCGCACAUUUUUGGAGGACCUGAGGCAUAGGGAGAUGAAGUAGCUUAUCCAAGACUUCACAACUAGAAAGUAGAGCUGGGAUUUGAACCAAGGCACUCCACCUCCAGCCACACUUACCAACAACUACAUUAGAUUUAAAAGAAAAAAGUGCUGGAAGGGAAAUUAACCAGGUGCUGUGAUGGGAAUACAGGCUGGGUGCUCUAGAUAGGGAGCAGGAAAGGCCUUGCUGAGAAAGGGACAGCAGAGCUGAGGUCUGAGCAGAGUGUCUGGAUUAUUUAUCCUCUGCCCACUGCCCCUCACAGCUUACUUCUCACCCCUCCCAUGAGCCCUCCCCUGUCGUCUCAUAGCCAGGUUUCAGCAGCUUCUUCUCUACCCACUUCUGUAUCCUAGCCACCCACACCUAAGGUAGCACGGGUUACAUCAUCUUAUUGCAAUACCUUGUACUUAGAAGCACCUGUAAAGGGAAGACAAGAAUGGCUUUGCCAAUUAUUUCUUUAUCGCUUUCUUCCUUCAGGGUCUAUACCUCAUACUACUUUUGUAUUCUUGCUCCACUCUUCGCCAGACCUACCACAGCCCAGGACAGAAUCUAGCCAUUAAGUAAAUUUAGAAAUUCUUAUACCUUUAGGUGUUGGCUAGGCCUACUUAGUUCCACUUCAUCUGGAACAGUGGUUCUCAAACUUUUUGGUCUCAAGACCUCAUCAAAGGAGUUCCCUUGUGACACAGUGGGUUCAGGACCCAGCUUGGGUCACAGCUUGGCUCAGACCCAAGAACUUCCACAUGCCAUGGGCAUAGCCAAUAAAAGAGAAAAGUCCUCAUUAAAAAUUAUUGAGAGACCCCGAUGAAUUUUUGUUGAUGGGAGCUGGGUUUGUCAACAUUUACCACAUUAGAAAUUAAGCCAGACAUUUUUAAAACCUAGGAAUACACCAGGACACAGUCCAUGAGCCAUCAGAGUAGUGACAUUGUCACACAUCAUGUAGCAUCUAGAAAACAGUAAAACAAGAGGCUGAGAUGGGAAGAGGCAGCAUAACUUCUCAGUAUGUCUUAAUCACAGGACGGUUUUGACCUCAUGGACCCCUGAAGAGGUCUCGAGGCCCCCAGAGGUCCUGGACCACAUCUUGAGAACUGCUGAUCAUCCUGACGGUGCACCAGUGAGUUCAUCUCCUCUCGCAGCCUCUAGGCAGUCAGUGCUCUGUACUCGUUUUCUACUGCUAUGUAACAAGGUGCUGCAAACUUAGUGGCUUGAAAUAACGCUUAUCAUCUCACAGCUCGGUGGGUUAGAAAUCCACGCAGGGCUUAGCUGGCUCUCUCCUCAGGGUCUCGUGAGGCCGUCAUCAAAGUGUCAGCCAGGUCCUGAUCUGGAACUCUGCAUCUUCCAAGCUGGUUCAGGUGCUUGUUGGCCAAGUUCAGUUCCUUGCAGUUGUAGGCUCACGGUGACCUGUUUCUUAAAGGCCGCCAGGAGAGUCUCUGCUGCCCCUUAACUCUUUCAAGGACUGACAUGCGUGGGUAAUCUCCCUUCUGAUUAACUCGGAGUCAGCUGAUUAGGCAUCUUAAUUACACCCUCAGAAUCCCUUCUGCCAUAUUGAUAUAACAUAAUUGGGAGGGUGAUAGCCAUGGUAUUCACAGGUCCCACUCCUACUUCAGGACAGGGGAUUAAACACAGGCAUUGCAGGGCAGAGUAUUGGAGGCCAGGCUAAAAUUCUGCCAACUACAGUCUGCCUGGUGUUUUUGGUUUUGUUUUGGAAAAACAAAAAAAAUUUUUUCUAACUUUCCCUUAGACCAUCUUUCAUAUCCACCUUUCAGUCCUGCAUUCAUAUCCAAGUUCUCUAACUCUUUUUUCAUUCAUGUCUUCCAAACCUUCUCCUGUGUCUCAUUUUGUUGACUUGUCAACUAGGCCCAAUAGGGGCACCUGCUUUUGGAGUGGUUGUGAUCUCCCAGCCAGAGGAUACGUGUGCUGCCUUUAGCACAGAGCCCAACACAAAAUAAGAACUCAGUGACCAUGUAUCUCCAGGCAUCAAGAAGGGCUCCUUGGCGCGUAGUGGCCUCAAGGAAGGCUCUCCUUGGACAAAGCUCAGCAACCACUUCCCACCCUCUAGGAUGGCCUUAGACAAAGCAGAAAAUAACAAGUGUUGCCAAGAAGGUGGAGAAAAUGAAACAGCAGACAUCAUUGGUGGGAUUGAGGAGAAUGGCUCAGCAGCUGAACCUCAAAGCAGUAACGUUACCAUGUGACCCAGCAGUUCCCCGGCUAGAUGUAUACCUCGGAGAACUAAAAUCACAUUCACUCAAAAACCUGCCCGCAAACCUCAGGCCAGCAGUAUCCAUAACAGUCAACAGUGGAAACAACCCAGAUAUCCACCAGCUGGAUGGAUUAACCAAAGUGGAGUAUCCAUACAUUGCUCAGUCACCAAAAGGUAUGAACCACUAAUUCAUGACAUGCUGCAGUUUGUGAAUGCACCUUGAAAACACGCUAAGGGAAAUAAGCCAGUCGCUAAAACCUGCAUAUCGUGUGAUUCCAUUUACGUGAAAUGUCCAGAAUAGGCAAAUCCAUUGAAAGCAGAUUCACUGUUGUCAGGCGCUAUGGGAGGGGGCAACGAGGGCCCCUUCGGGCGGGUAUGGAAUGCCUUUUGGAUGAGAUGAAAAUGGUCUGGAAUUAGUGGUGAUGGUCGUAUAACCUCUGAAUAGACUAAAACCCACUCUGUCGUACCCUUUCAGUGGGCAUACCUUAUGGCAUUUGAAUUUAUUUCUCAGUGAAAAAAAAAAUACCAUCAGUAGUGAAGGAAUCUGUCCAUAUACAUUUGCGGGAGUGUAUAUAGAUGAAGGAAGACAAAAAAAAAAAAAAAAAAAAAA